UAUUUGCUAACGAGUUACUAUUUCCUCUGAAUGCUUCUGUAUUUCUUGUUUUGUAGAUUGUGGGGUGAUCAUGGACAAGAGGCUUUAGAAGCUGCUCACGUUUGUGUGAUAAAUGCAUCAGCCACAGGAACUGAAAUCCUCAAAAAUUUAGUACUACCAGGUAUUGGUUCAUUUACGAUUGUCGAUGGGAAUCAAGUCACUGGAGAAGAUGUUGGAAACAAUUUCUUUCUCCAAAGAAGCAAUAUUGGCCAGAACCGAGCCCAAAGUGCUACAGAGCUAUUACAAGAAUUAAAUAAUGAUGUUUCAGGAAACUUUGUGGAAGAGAGUCCAGACAAACUCCUGGACAACGAUCCUUCAUUUUUCUGUCGGUUUAAUCUCGUGGUUGCCACUCAGUUACCAGAAAGUACACUGGUGCGUUUAGCUGAAAUUCUUUGGAAUGCUAAUAUACCUCUGUUAGUCUGUAGGACUUAUGGACUAGUUGGCUAUAUGAGAAUUAUUAUUAAGGAACAUUCAGUCGUAGAAUCUCAUCCAGACAAUGCAUUAGAAGAUCUGAGAUUGGACGACCCAUUUCCAGAGCUGAGGGAACAUAUUCAGUCUUAUGACUUGGAUCAUAUGGAAAAAAAGGACCAUAGUCACACUCCAUGGAUUGUGAUUGUAGCAAAAUAUUUAGCAAAAUGGUACAAUGAGAAAAGUGAGCAGAUACCAAAGAAUUAUAAAGAAAAGGAAGCCUUCAGAGAACUGAUUAGACAAGGAAUCUUAAAGAAUGAAAAUGGGAUCCCAGAAGAUGAAGAGAACUUUGAAGAAGCUAUAAAAAAUGUAAACACAGCACUAAAUGUUACUAAGAUUCCAAGUUGUAUUGAAGAUAUUUUUAAUGAUGAUCGUUGCAUCAAUCUCACACAGCAGACGCCAUCCUUUUGGAUUUUAGCUCGAGCUGUAAAGGAAUUUGUAGCGCAAGAGGGGCAAGGAAAUUUACCUGUACGCGGCACUAUUCCUGAUAUGAUAGCAGAUUCGGGUAAAUUUAUUAAAUUGCAAAAUGUAUACCGUGAAAGAGCAAAGAAAGAUGCUGCUGCUGUGGGCAACCAUGCUGUUAACUUGUUACAGUCGAUAGGCAAGGCACCAGAGUCAAUUUCACAGACAGAAUUAAAAUUGCUUUGCAGCAACUCAGCAUUUCUUCGAGUUGUACGAUGUAGAUCCCUGUCUGAAGAGUAUGGUCUAAAUACCUUUAACAAGGAUGAAAUUAUUUCCAGCAUGGAUAAUCCAGACAAUGAGAUAGUGCUAUACUUAAUGCUACGGACUGUGGAUAGAUUUUAUAAACAGCAUGGUAGAUACCCAGGUGUGUAUAACUACCAAGUGGAAGAUGAUAUUGGAAAAUUGAAAUCUUGCCUCAGUGGUUUUCUUCAGGAAUAUGGACUGUCUGUAACAGUGAAGGAUGAUUAUGUCCAUGAAUUUUGUCGCUAUGGAGCAGCUGAGCCACAUACUAUUGCUUCAUUUUUGGGAGGUGCUGCUGCCCAGGAGAUUGUCAAAAUAAUUACAGGACAAUUUGUAAUUUUUAAUAACACCUAUAUUUACAGUGGAAUGUCACAGACUUCAGCAACUUUCCAGUUGUAGAAUAACUGCCGCAUACAUGUUGGCAAUAGUAAUUGCCAACCGAUUUUGCUCCAUUGUGUAAAAUAUCAUUCGUGUGGUGUUUACCACUAACUAAACUCCUCUGCAUUUUCUUCAAUAUUAAAAUCUUAUUGCAACUAAA